UAUAAGUUCAGCAAACAUUGAAAACCCGAACGCCAGAAAAUUACAUAUAUUACAGAUUUGCGAAUACUUUAGUUUUUUGUUUUGUUUUUUUUUUGCGUAUCAUCAAGCGUUGGUACACAUGAAAGUGCAUCAAAUCAAAAGCAACGCUGCCAAACAAUUCAAAACAAUUGGCAAACACGAACAUUGUGUAUGUGGGUAUGUGUUGUGUGCAUGUAAAGGUGUGCUUGUGUGUGCGCGUGCUGGCAAACCGAAGAAGAAGUGACGUUUACAGCAAAAAACAAGUAUCUCAUCUAAAUUUGAAGUGAAAUUAAAGUAAAAUAAAAACACAUCGUCGUCUGGCCAAACACAAGUUUUCCAUGGAUUUCGGAUGUGCAUUUGAUUUAAAACACGACGUCGCUUCGCUCGUUGUUUUCGUUUAAAUAUUCGCCAUCUUCGCCCAGAAUUCCAAUUAGAAAGAAAAUUAACGAUCGAAUAUUUGUGCGAUGUGGAGCUGAGCUGAUCUUAGUUAUGCGUUCACGGAGCUACUGUUGAGAUCACCCCACAGGGACAACAAGUGAAAGAAGACAACAGCAAGCAAGUGAAGCAACGAGGUCGUGUUGAGUUGCCAAAAAGUGUAGUAACGAGUAACAAGCACAGAGUAACGAGCAGCGAGUAACAAGAACGAAAGCUGAUUCAACGAGCGGAGGCGGAAGCUGAAUUUGGUUGGUUGUCGUGUCAGCAUCGUCAUACAGAAAUGACACUGACCACAACGGCCACACCACCGAAGAGCAAUAAGAAAAUGGAUGUGAAGGUUUUACCAGCCGAAGAGAAUCUGCCCACCUCUGAAAUGGAUCUACUCGCCAAGCUGGAGGCCGCCAACAAGCUAAUUGAAAGCGAUGCCAAGAGCCUUAACUCGCUGCACUCAACGCAUAGUCGCAAAAACUCGGACACGAGCCAAAUAAGCAUUACUUCAAGCGGCAAUUCGGUUGCCGAGGAGGAUAUUUGGACGACAUGGGCGUCCAUAUUGAAUGAUUGGGAGGGUGCUCUCAAGCGCAAAAAUCCGUGUGUCCGUGAACUGGUGCGUCGCGGCAUACCGCAUCAUUUUCGCGCGAUUGUCUGGCAGCAGCUGAGUGGCGCUGCCGAUGCUGAUAAGAAACAGUAUGCAGAGUAUAUUAAGGCGACGUCCGCCUGUGAGAAAGUGAUUCGGCGCGAUAUAGCGCGCACAUAUCCGGAGGUGGACUUCUUCAAGGAGAAAGACGGGCCCGGCCAGGAGGCGCUCUUCAAUGUGAUCAAGGCAUAUUCGCUGCACGAUCGCGAAGUGGGCUAUUGUCAGGGCUCCGGUUUUAUUGUUGGGCUGCUGCUCAUGCAGAUGCCCGAAGAGGAGGCGUUUGCGGUGCUUGUGCAGAUAAUGCAACAGCAUCGCAUGCGGCAUAUGUUUAAGCCAUCGAUGUCGGAGCUCGGUCUAUGCAUGUACCAAUUGGAGAAUCUGGUACAGGAGCAAAUACCCGACAUGCACUUGCAUUUCCAGCAGCAGGGCUUCCAGACGACCAUGUAUGCGUCCAGCUGGUUCUUAACGCUCUACACGACCACAAUGAAUGUGAACCUCAGCUGCCGCAUCAUGGACGUCUUUCUCAGCGAAGGCAUGGAAUUUAUUUUCAAGGUUGCAAUGGCACUUCUUUUAACCGGUAAGGAGUCGCUCCUGUCCCUCGACAUGGAGGCCAUGCUCAAGUUUUUCCAAAAAGAGCUACCUGGGCGCGUCGAGGCCGAUCCGGAAGGCUUCUUCAAUCUGGCUUAUGCACAGAAAAUCAAUACAAAGCGCAUGAAGAAAAUGGAGAAAGAGUAUCAAGACUUGAAGAAAAAGGAACAGGAGGAGAUGGUUGAGCUGCGACGAUUGCGGCGUGAGAACUGCUUGUUAAAACAGCGCAACGAAUUGCUCGAGGCUGAAAGCGCUGAGCUAGCCGAUCGUCUGGUUCGUGGUCAAGUCUCUCGCGCCGAGGAAGAGGAGACCAGCUAUGCCAUUCAAACGGAGCUAAUGCAGCUUCGACGCUCCUAUUUGGAGGUGUCGCAUCAACUUGAGAAUGCCAACGAGGAAGUGCGCGGUCUCAGUCUGCGGCUACAGGAAAAUAACGUUUCAAUCGAUAGCAAUAACUCGCGUCAGUCGUCUAUCGAUGAGCUAAGCAUGAAGGAGGAGGCACUGAAGCAACGCGACGAGAUGGUCUCCUGUUUGCUGGAGGAGUUAGUCAAGGUGCGCCAGGGCUCGGCCGAGAGUGAGGAUCAGAUACGAAAUUUGAAGGCGAAAAUCGAGGAGCUCGAGGAAGAUAAAAAGACGCUGCGGGAAACCACGCCGGAUAAUUCCGUAGCCCAUCUGCAAGACGAGCUGAUUGCCAGCAAGUUACGCGAGGCGGAGGCCUCGCUCUCCCUCAAGGAUCUCAAACAGCGCGUACAGGAGCUUAACAUGCAGUGGCAGCGACAGUUGGCCGAAAAUCAGCGUAACGAUCACUGCGCCGCCUCGGUUGAUUCCACACCCAAGAAACUCCUAACGAACUUUUUCGACAAUUCCAAGUCGACAGAGCACACUCAAAAGCUCGAGGAGGAGCUAAUGACGACGCGCAUCCGUGAAAUGGAAACGCUCACAGAGCUAAAAGAGCUGCGGCUGAAGGUGAUGGAGCUGGAGACACAGGUGCAGGUCUCCACGAAUCAGCUGAGGCGGCAGGACGAGGAGCACAAGAAGCUCAAGGAGGAGCUCGAAAUGGCCGUCACACGCGAAAAGGAGAUGGCCAACAAGGCGCGCGAACAGCAGCACAGAUACUCAGAUCUGGAAUCUCGCAUGAAGGAUGAACUGAUGAAUGUCAAAAUUAAGUUCACCGAACAGAGCCAAACGGUUGCCGAACUGAAACAGGAAAUUUCACGAUUGGAGACAAAGAACUCGGAAAUGCUUGCCGAGGGUGAACUGCGCGCUAAUCUAGAUGAUUCCGAUAAGGUGCGUGACCUGCAGGACAGGUUGGCUGACAUGAAGGCGGAGUUGACGGCGCUUAAAAGUCGAGGAAAAUUUACGGCCAACAAGCUGCGCAGCGCCUCCAUACAGUCCAUCGAGUCGACAGAGAUCGAUUUAAGUGAUCUCAACAUGGUGCGUCGCGGGAGCAUGGAUUUAUCCACAUAAUAUUCAGAGCAGACGACGGCACACAUUUACAUACAUAUACAAAUGAUAUUGUUGAAGCAAUCCCCUUAUAUAGAUCCAUACUGUUAAAUGGAUUAAGUGGUUAAUGUUAAUGGUUGAAUGCAUAUACCUGACUAACUGUGUGUGUAGCGGUCACAAGCAAGGUUUGAUGAUGUUGAAGUUCAAUUAAAAUAUUCAUUACCUAUUUCUAAAGUAAAAGUAA